AUGGGCGACCAAAUCCCCCUGCAUCCCAAGAAGUUCAAAACCGAACUCACGGACUUUUCCGAAUCUCAUCAGGAGACGGCAGGUCCCUACGCCAAGGACCUUGAAGUAGAUGCUCUCAUAGUUGGUGCAGGAUUUGCCGGCAUUUUCAUGCUGAAGUCCUUGCGUGACCGUGGUCUGAAGACCUACAUCUUUGAAGCCGGAAACGACAUUGGCGGUACUUGGCGCUGGAACUGCUACCCAGGUGCCGGCGUCGAUUCUGAGGUGCCCGAAUACGAGUUCUCCUGGCCCGAGGUUUGGAAGACGUGGAACUGGCCCAACAACUACCCCAACUACAAGGACCUACGGCGAUACUUUGACCACGUCGACAACGUGGUGGGUAUCAAGAAGGACUGCGCCUUCCACACCGUCGUCGUGGGUGCACAUUUCGAUACCUCCACUGGCAGGUGGAACAUCCGCACCGAGGACGGUCGGGUGACCAAAGCCAAGUACCUGGUCCUCGGGACUGGAUUCGCUGCUCGUCGAUACAUACCCGACUGGCCUGGCAUGGAAAAGUUCAAGGGCGUAGUACACCACUCAUCGUUCUGGCCGGACGAGAAGGUCGAGGUCAAGGGUAAGCGCUGUGCCGUCAUCGGAACGGGAGCCUCGGGCGUGCAAAUCGUCCAGGCGUGGGGACCCGAGGCCGGUUCCGUCAAGGUCUUCCAGCGGACACCAAAUCUGGCCGUUCCCAUGCGCAGGAAGACCCUGACGGUAGAGGAGCAGGAGGCGGCCAAGAAGUUCUACCCCGAGCUCUUCAAGUUCCGCGAGGACAGCUUCGCGGGAUUCCUAUACGACUGGAGCGAGAAGAACACGUUUGACGACUCGCCCGAGGAACGCAGGGCAUUCUACGAGAAGGUCUGGGCGGACGGCGGUUUCCGCUACUGGGUCGCCCUGUACAAGGACAACCUGAUGAAUCCCGAGGCCAACAAGGAGUCGUACCGGUUCUGGGUGGAAAAGACGCGGGCGCGCAUUGGCGACCCGAAGCUCAGGGAUCUGCUCGCACCCAACGAAAUGCCGCACUACUUUGGCAUCAAGCGUCCCUGCCUGGAGCACGACUACUUUGAGCAGUUCAACCGCGAGACCGUCGACUUGGUGGAUAUCAAGUCGAAUCCCAUCAAGGAGUUUGACGAGACGGGCAUCACCCUCCAAGACGGGACGCACCAUGAAUUUGAUGUCAUCGCCGUUGCCACGGGAUUCGAUGUCGUCACCGGAGUCAUGACCCAGCUCGGCCUCGAGAGCAUCAACAACGAUAAACUGGACGAACAGUGGUCCACGGGAGCCUCGACUUUCCUCGGCACCACGGUCCCAGGGUACCCCAACAUGUUCCACAUAUACGGUCCGCAGGGCCCAACCUUGCUCAGCAACGGCCCCACCACGGUCGAGGUGCAGGGUCGGUGGAUCGUCGACAUGAUCCGGAAGAUGGAGAGGCAGAAUAUCCGAUACAUCAACCCCAAGAAGGAUGCUGCUUCCCAGUGGAAGGACAGGCUGGUGGCCAUCAACAACGCUACCCUGUUCCCGACUACCAAGUCGACGUACAUGGGGGGCAGUAUCCCUGACAAGGUGUUUGAGCCGGUUUGUUUCCCCGGAGGAAUUCCCCAGUAUGCCAGGAUUAUUCGGGACGCCCUGGACACUAUGGAAGGGUUUGAAUGUGUCAAAGCUUAG